CAAGUAUCCAAGACGCUUCGAGCGCAAAAGAUAAUUCUGGAAACGACGCAACCGGGUCUUGGCCAGACGAAACCAAGCCCAGAUAAUUUCGUACAAUCUUCUCUCGCACCGACGAAUGCCAUGGGUGGAUCAAAUUUAAACCCGCACACACCGCAAUCCAUAUUUCAACCGACUAUCAACCACACUGGUACUGGGUUUCGCAAUGAAAACCAAUGGCUGAGGAUGCCGUAUGUUCCUCCAAUGACUAUGCCAUGGACUGUACCUACCCAGCCACAUCCAGAUCUGGUCAGAUUCACUGGGGAACAGCCUUCCGAUGCUUUUCAAACUUAUGUUCCCCAUCAAAAGCGUAAACUGGAAGCUCCAGAUAUUUUAGAUAAUCCACCACCAUCAAAACAGUUCAUCAGUGAAGAAAAAAUGGCACAACACUUUCAAAGCUUAUACAUUAGUGGUAAUGGUUCUAAUGCUCAGGAUCCAGUUCCAUCUACAUCUGGAGCUAGUUCAUCAAAUGUACUACCCGAUGAAAGCAUUGCAAUAGACAUGGAUGAAAGUGCAUCGCCAAGAUUAGUUAUAUCUGAUGAACUUAAAAAACUCACACAAGAGCCAAUUUUGCCUUCUACUUUGUUAUCUAAAAUGGAACGGCCCUCCAUGGCUUUAGUCUUAUGGGAACCACCUAGUCAGCAUUUGCGGUUUUUCACAAAUGCUUCAGAAGCAUCAUCAACUGACAAAUCUGAUGAGAACCAAAAAAGUAUUGAUAAAGCAGAGGCUGUUGACAACAAUAAUCAAGUAGAUUUAGAGAUGCAAUCAAUGGAUGUAAAUCCAGAGGAUUUACCAUUAGAUGAUAUAUUAGAUGAAGAUAUGGAUCUUUAAGUUCCUAUAAUUAACUUUUUUAAACAAUUCAUUUUAAAAUUCAUCAAAUCAUUAUAAAUAUUCCAUUCAAGUUUAUAAAAAGUUUUAAUACCUUGUGUUUAACUAUUAAUUUUAGUUAUGAAAGUCUUAUUUACAAUAUUUCUUGGCUGUUAUUUGCUAUAAGUCAAAUUUUUUGAAUUUCAUAAUUAUUCAAAGUUGUUGAUUAUUAGAAAAACUUCAAGUUCUUUCCCGAUUUUAUCUGAAGUUCUUUUAUAAUCAAGAAAACAUCUUGUAAAACUGCCAGAGAAUCCGAAGUAAAGAUACUUUUUAUACUUCAAUUUGCAAUCGUUUUUACAAUUGUAUGUAGAUUAAUAUAUAUAUACAGAUAAUAUCUAGAUUUUUAAAUGAAUGGCUGGCUGUAAAUAUGGAAUAAAUCAGUGAUGAAUAAUUAAAAAUUCGGAAAAUUUUUUAAUCUUCAUCGUGCAUGCUUGAAUUGGAAUGAGAAAAUCUUUUCUACCGUCGUUUGUUUAACUAUUAAUUGCAUUGUAAAUAACUUAACGCUAUUACUAUCGUUCAUAUCGAUAAUUUAUAAAAAAGAAAAAAAAUGUGAAAGAGAGGUGUGAUAACGAAAAAAGAGGUACAAAUUAAAACAACGUAAAUGAUA